AUGUCUGACCCGUCGGACCACGUCGUUUCCACGCCAGGAUUCAAGAUGGACCUGCCCAAGUUCUCUGGCUCGCCCGGCACCUUUCAUGCGUGGAGCAUUCGCAUGAAGAUGGCGCUCAAUCUGCGCGGCGACGACGUCUGGGCAGCUGUGGAGGCAGGAGCAUCGUCAUCGGGAGGUCCAAGCUCAGCGACACGCUCAAGUGCAAGGAGACCGACAGCAGGAGAUCACGCCAACCUCACCGCUGCAAACCUCAUCGCGUCCACGCUCUCAGGCUACCCCCUUCUCCUGUUCACCAACGGAGAAGCAGACGUCAACGCCGGCCAAGGAUGGGCCCGGCUCAAGGACCACUACGCUUCGCAGGACCGCCUCCGCAUUGCAGAGCUCAAGGAGGCGCAGCUUCACGUCCCCUGCGGCAACCUCGCCCGCUUCUUCGAGCGACACAUGGAGCUGCAGCAGCAGUUGCAGGACGCGGGCGUGCGUCAGGACAACGAGGACCUCUUCACCAUCGUCUGGAAGCAGCUGCCACGCUGGACAGCCCCGCUCACGCUUCCCUACUUUGCCAGUGGCCGCUUUCCCUCCCUCCUCGAGCUCAGCAUCAGGCUGCAGCAGCUGGAGCAGCAGAUGCGUGCUACUACACCCACGCAGCUGCAUGACCCACUCACGUGGCUUGCAGACACGGGUGCUUCACACCACCUCACCUUCGUCAAGGACGCCUUCGUGGAGCUGACACCGCACCUGCAACAGCACCAUCCACGCCACAUCACUGCGUUUGGCGGCACACGUGUGCCCGUGCGCGGUGUUGGCUCUGUGCUGUUGCAUGCACGCACGACGAGCGGAGCCAGGAUGCAGGUUGUGCUACAGGAGUGCCUCUACGUGCCCGAGGGCCAGGCCAACCUCAUCGCCCUCGGUCGUCUGACCAGGGACAGCAGCGGCAGGCCAACGGGCCACUCGCAGCGUGAUGGCGCUGAUGGGCACUACGUGCGCUUCAGCCACGGAGCCGAGGUCAAGCUGAAGGAGCGCAACAGCCUCCGGUGCUGGCCCAUUGUUGCUGUUGGUCCAUCCACGGCACACGGUCUCACCGCCGAUGCCUGCAAGCAACCACAGCAACCCGCAGCAGCUCCUGCAGCCCAGAGCAAGGUGCAGACACCAUCGAUGCAUGAGGUACUUGGCCACCGCAACGACAACGACGUGCAGCAGUACUGCAAGCUGAUGGGCAUCGACGAUCGCAACGUCAUCAGCAGCAAGCAGUGUACAACGUGCGCAGUGACCAAGAGCACUCGUCACAGCGUCAGCAAGCACGCGGAACGCACACAGGUGCCCGGCGAGCGCAUCCACGCCGACAUCGUCGACUGGACCGCGGACUCGCCCACGGGCAAGCGCUACAGCCUCGUCAUCGUCGAUGAGGGAAGCAAGCUCCUGCAUGCAGUCCAUCUCAACGCCAAGAAGGACGCAGUUGCCGCGUUCCAGUCUUUCCUGCGCGAGACCAAGCUCCCCAUCUCACCCACAACAACAGCACUCCAGACGGAUUCCGAUGCCAUCUUCCUCGGAGCUGACUUCCAGGCCAUCGUCAAGAAGCACCUGAAGCAGCACCAGCAGUCCCCGCCGUACACCCAGGCGCAGAACGGCAUCGUCGAGCGACAGGUGCGCACCCUCUCCGACAUGGUGCGAGCCAUGAUCACGGGUGCAGGCCUCGACGCAUCGUACUGGAGCCUCGCCUGUAACCACGCCCUCCACAUCCUCAACAACAUGCCUCGCCCUUCCCUCCACGGCAAGACACCGCUGCAGAUUGUCACGGGCUCGCUGCCCAAGCACGUGCCGCAGCUGCACGUCUUCGCGCAGCCGGCCGUCGUCCACAUCAGCACACAGCGCGGACGCCUGCAGCCCAAGGGCCGCCGAGGCAUCUACGUCGGCCACAACAGCAGCAGCAACAGCCACCUCGUCUACUUUGAAGACACGAACACCGUUGUGUCCUCCAUCCACGUCCGCUUCCUUCCCUUCUCCAAGGCCGAUGAUGUCGUGGAUGAGGGGGAGGAGCAAGUGCAGACAUCCACGACAUCGUCCAUGCUCCAGCUUCCCAGUGCACGUGACAGCAGCAACAGCACCACUGACGGUGAGCCACCAACGGUUCACAUCGAUGAGGACCAGGACGACGAUGUCGAGACAGACUCCCUGCUCACGGACUUCGACAACGACAGCAGCAGCGACACCAACGACGCCAACUACGACCCCGACACAACAGAUGCAAGCGACACCGAGGCAGGCGCGUUCACAGCAAGCAGCAGUGACGACACCAGCCUCACGGAGCCUGCAAGCAUCAAGCAGGCACUCAAGAGCCAGCAACGCAAGCAGUGGACUCAGGCAUGCUUGGAGGAGAUCGGGGCCAUGGAGCGCAACGGCGUCAUCAAGCUCAUCCCACGCAGCGCCGUGCCACGACAGCACACGCCUCUCAAGUCACGCUUCGUCUUCAAGGUGAAGCGUGACGCUGAGGGCGCGCCGACGCGCUUCAAGGCACGCUGGGUCGCCAAGGGCUUCAGCCAACGACCGGGCAUCGACUUCGACCAGACCUACGCCCCAACACCAGCAGCCAAGACCAUCCUCACUGUACUCGCCGUCUCCCUGCAACGACAGCACCAGCUGCACCAGCUCGACUUCAAGUCGGCUUACCUGCAGGCUGAUCUCAAGGAGGAGCUGUACAUGGAGCUGCCGCCGCACUUCACCGACAUCGGCGACGGCGCUCAACGCUACGCGGGCAAGGUGUGCCGGCUGCUCAAGCCGCUCUACGGCCUCAAGCAAGCUGGCCGUGCAUGGGCCAAGAAGCUGCACACCUUCCUCAAGACCAACGGAUGGGCGCAGAGCAACGUCGACGCCUGCCUCUUCACCAAGCUCCACGACGACGGACAGCGCACAUGGAUCAUCACGUACGUCGACGACCUCAUCAUCAGCGGCAGCAGCGAGCGCCACAUCCGUGCCUGCAAGCAGCAGAUCAAGGAGAGCUUCGAGGCAGAGGACCUGGGCCCGCUCACCUGGUACCUGGGCCUUCACCUGACGUCACCAGCUGACGGGGUGUUGCAUAUUGCGCAGACACAGGCCAUCAACGACAUCGUCAACGACUACAACCUGGCAGCGGCAGCCAGCGUGUCCACGCCCAUGCGUGUUGGCAUCGACGCCUCCAGCAUCAGCGAGCAGCCCGACCAACGCCUGCCUUUCCGCAACCUCGUCGGCUCGCUCCUGUACCUGGCCAACCGCACGAGACCAGACGUCAGCUUCGCGUGCGGACUGCUCUGCCGUUACAUGGACCGUUACACGACGGUCCACUGGCAGGCAGCCAAGCACGUCGUGCGGUACCUGAAGGCGACGAGCGAGCACGGCCUCCUCUUCAAGCGACGCAGCGGCACGCGCAAGGACCAGCCGCUGGACCUUCUCUGUUGA